GAAUCCUAGCGAUAGGAACAAAAACUCAGAAGUAAGACUUGGGGUCUGCCCAGGAGGCUAAAGUACACCAAGGCAGUAAGUCUGAGCAAAAAAAAGCAAACAACUGAGAACGAGAGCAAGAAAGAAGAGAAGAGUGACAGUUGUUGAACGAAAGGAGAGAACGAGAAGCAGCUGAACAGAGAGGGAGGGAGGAGAAAGCAGGGAGAGAUAAGAGUGUGACAAACAGGAGGCAUCGAGAGGAAGCACAUGGUGUAAAAAUGCCCACCAACUUCACUGUGGUCCCGGUGAAGGACAACACAAGAAAGGCAAAAGAGGGCAACGAGGAGGAUGAUGUGGAUGACAACAAUGUGCUGAGAGAGGAAGAGGAGGGCACCACAGGUGAUGGUGUCCCAAAGGAAAACAGUCCCUUUAUCAACAACACAGACAAUGACAAAGGCAACAACUAUGAUGGCACCAACAUGGCGCUCUUUGAGGAGGAGAUGGACAGCAACCCCAUGGUGGCAUCACUCCUCAACAAACUGGCAAACUACACCAAUCUCACCCAGGGGGCCCAGGAGCACGAGGAGGCCGAUGAUGAUGAGGGGCCGAAGAAGAAAACUGUUAAGAGCCCUCAGAUGGGGACCUUCAUGGGUGUCUACCUCCCAUGCCUCCAGAAUAUUCUGGGGGUCAUCCUGUUUCUGCGCCUUACCUGGAUUGUCGGCACUGCCGGCAUCUUGGAGUCCCUGGCUAUUGUUGGCUUGUGCUGCUCAUGUACCAUGCUGACAGCCAUUUCCAUGAGUGCAAUCGCUACUAAUGGUGUUGUGCCAGCUGGAGGCUCGUACUAUAUGAUUUCCAGAUCUCUGGGUCCAGAGUUUGGUGGAGCUGUGGGUCUCUGUUUCUACCUGGGGACCACCUUUGCUGGCUCCAUGUACAUCCUGGGAACCAUUGAAAUUCUACUGACCUACAUCGUGCCUAAAGCAGCCAUCUUUGUGGCAGAAAAAAAGGAAGAUGAGGUGGGAGCCCUGCUUAACAACAUGCGUGUUUAUGGCACAUGCUGUCUGGCCCUGAUGGCUGUGGUUGUUUUUGUUGGGGUCAAGUAUGUCAACAAGCUUGCAUUAGUCUUCCUGGCUUGUGUUAUUCUUUCCAUCCUCGCCAUCUAUGCUGGAGUCAUCAAGACCAUUUUUGAGCCACCAGACUUUCCUGUUUGUAUGUUGGGGAAUCGCACUCUGCAGAACCACCAGUUUGAGAAGUGUCUUAAGACUGAGACUAUAGAUAACCUGACAGUCACUACCAAGCUGUGGACGCUGUUCUGUGAUGGACCUGGGCUCAAUGCCACCUGCAACGAAUACUUUGACAACAACAAUGUGACCAUGGUGCAGGGCAUCCCCGGACUGACUAGUGGAGUCAUUUCAGAAAACAUGUGGUCAGUCUACGGCCCUCUGAGCAUGUUGGUAGAAAAUAAGAACUUGAUGUCUGUUGGGGGAAGUGACCCUUCGCAGGACAUCUACAUGCCCUACGUCGUCAACGACAUCACCACCUUCUUCACACUGCUGGUCGGCAUCUACUUCCCUUCUGUCACUGGGAUCAUGGCUGGUUCAAACCGCUCAGGUGACUUGAGAGAUGCCCAGAAGUCCAUCCCUAUUGGGACCAUCCUGGCUAUUGCUACCACUUCUGUCAUCUACAUCACCUGUGUGGUUCUGUUUGGAGCCUGUAUCGAGGGAGUUCUGCUUCGAGACAAAUUUGGUGACUCAGUGAAAGGGAACCUUGUUAUAGGUACACUAUCGUGGCCCUCACCCUGGGUUAUUGUGAUUGGCUCGUUCUUCUCCUGCUGCGGGGCAGGUUUGCAGAGUUUGACAGGCGCCCCUCGCCUGCUUCAGGCUAUCGCACGAGAUGGCAUCGUACCUUUCUUACAGGUGUUCGGUCAUGGGAAAGCUAACGGUGAGCCUACCUGGGCUCUGCUGCUGACUGCUGGGAUCUGUGAGAUUGGAAUCCUCAUUGCCUCCCUGGACGCUGUGGCUCCCAUCCUCUCCAUGUUUUUCCUCAUGUGCUACCUGUUUGUCAACCUGGCCUGUGCUGUUCAGACUCUGCUGCGAACACCCAACUGGAGACCACGAUUCAAGUACUACCACUGGGCUUUGUCCUUCCUGGGAAUGAGCUUGUGUCUUGCGCUCAUGUUCAUCUCCUCCUGGUAUUAUGCAAUCAUUGCCAUGGCCAUCGCUGGCUGCAUCUACAAAUACAUUGAAUAUCGAGGGGCAGAGAAGGAGUGGGGUGAUGGCAUCCGUGGCCUCUCUCUUAAUGCGGCCCGCUACGCCCUGAUUCGUCUUGAGGAGGCUCCACCACACACCAAGAACUGGAGACCCCAGUUGUUGGUGCUCCUGAACCUGGACUCAGACCAAGCAGUUAAACACCCUCGACUGCUGUCCCUCACCACUCAGCUGAAGGCAGGCAAAGGCCUGACAAUUGUUGGGAAUGUAAUUGAAGGAACCUAUCUCACGAAAGAGGCAGAAUCCAAGAAGGCUGAGCAGAACAUCAAGUCUUCCAUGUCAGCAGAGCGCACCAAGGGUUUCUGUCAUGUUGUGGUGUCUUCAAACCUCAGAGACGGCUUCUCACACCUCAUUCAGUCUGCAGGCCUGGGAGGCAUGAAACACAACUCAGUCCUGAUGGCGUGGCCUGGAACCUGGAAACAGUCCAAUGACCCACAGUCAUGGAAGAACUUCAUUGAGACGAUACGGGAGACCACAGCAGCCCAUCAGGCCUUACUUGUGGCUAAGAAUGUGGACAGUUUUCCUACCAACCAGGACCGCCUGGGGGAGGGCACUAUUGAUGUGUGGUGGGUGGUUCAUGAUGGAGGCAUGCUGAUGCUGCUACCCUUCCUGCUGCGACAGCACAAGGUGUGGAGAAAGUGUAAGAUGCGCAUCUUCACUGUAGCCCAGAUGGACGACAACAGCAUUCAAAUGAAGAAAGACCUCCAGAUGUUCCUUUAUCACCUGCGACUGGAUGCCGAGGUGGAAGUAGUUGAGAUGCAUGAUAACGACAUCUCAGCCUUCACCUAUGAAAAGACACUGAUGAUGGAGCAGAGGUCUCAGAUGCUGAAACAGAUGCAACUUUCCAGGACUGAGAGAGAAAGAGAGAUUCAGAGUAUCACUGACGAAUCGCGUAGCUCAAUCCGGAGGAAGAACCAGGGCGCUGCCGAGAACACGAACCUCAGCCGGCAGUCCUCAACGGCGGAGGACACUCAGGAGGACGAGGCCCAGCUCAUCCACGACAGGAACACUGCGUCUCACGCUACAAUAAAUGACAAGGCUGACACUGGGCCCGAUCGGGUUCACAUGACCUGGACCAAGGACAAGCUCUUCACCGAGCGUAACCGCAACCGCGAGUGCAACGCCAAUGUGGCUGUACGCGACCUGUUUAACAUGAAACCAGAGUGGGAGAAUCUGAACCAGUCAAAUGUUCGCCGCAUGCACACAGCUGUCAAGCUGAAUGAGGUGGUGGUCAACAAGUCGCAGGGAGCUCAUCUGGUUCUGCUCAACAUGCCUGGACCUCCACGGAACAGAGGAGGAGAUGAAAACUACAUGGAGUUCCUGGAGGUUCUCCUCGAGGGUCUGAACCGGGUCCUGCUGGUGCGAGGCGGUGGCCGUGAAGUCAUCACCAUCUACUCCUAAAAACACUCUGGCGCCCCAUCCUGCACUCACAGGCAUGUUGCCAUGGACACCGGUCACCGGGCAUUUUUUGGGGAAAAAGCCUAAUUUGGUUUUUAUGAAGGGCGGGGUUUGUUGGAAGGCGGGACCACUUGUGAUUGCCAGACGAGGACGUCAGGAUGAAGGAUUAGCAUUGAACUGGUGGACUGGCUGAGAGAGCGAGCACAGUGUGUGUCCAUGCCGGGCCACAGAACCUCUGCACAGGGAAGACUGAGCAUAGAGACACUUUAUAUCUUUCAUUUAACUCUGAAAACUUUGUUCUGUUCUGUUACGUCUUCUUAUUUUUUCCCCUCUUGUGUUGAUGUCGUCAAGUUACUGGCACUCACUGUGUAAAGAUAAGACAAGAAGAAGUGAAUGUUGUCAAUAUGAACCUCAUAGUCUUUUAUGUUGUUUGGUGUAUUGGCUCUGGGAGGUGCAGAGACCUGCUGGACCUGAGAAACACGUGCACACAGAUGAAUGUUACAGACUGGAUAUGAGUUAGGGAAUAUGUCGUCCACAGUCACCCUUUUUCUGUUUUUAAAGCUCUACAGCUGGAAGGCCGCUCAUAACAUAUGAAUGAUUAAUAUGAUCUGGUCUGGGUCACGAUCUGACACCAGUGUUUUCAUUUAAAUGAACUUCUCAGAAGUGUUUUCAGGCUGAACUAGUUUAGAAACUGCUAAAGCAUGCUGGUUAGGUUGUAGAGCCUUCACAUGACAGAACAAGGGAGGACUCGUGUCUGCAGCUGACAGUGUGUCCUGCCAUGUCAGUGAGUUAGAAAGGGAACGGCCAGGAGGAUGCUGAAUGUGCACCAGGUGUCCCAGUUUGGUGGGUGGGAGGCUUUCAGAUUUUGGGUACUGCUAUUUCAUUUUCCACCUUCGAAGAAGUUUUAAUAGGGAAAAUAGCCAUAGCUCAUAGUGCGCUUUACAUGAACCUGUACAUUUCUGGUGUUUGAGGUAGAGCUCGGUUGGGAACAAGGUAGAUUUUUUUUUUUUCUUUUGUAAGUUUAAUCCAAGGGCUGUUUGACAGCAGACAGUAGCUUCAUACAGGAAUCGCUUCAUAGGCUCACAUAGUUAAUCUGUAGUUUGCCCUCAUAAGUGUUGGCAUUUAACAAAGUAUACUGUCAAAAUGUAAAAGCACAAAUUGACAUGUGUGUUUUUUAGUGCAAUCCUUCCCAUACUGACAUAGUUCCAGCACUGUUGACUUUGCACUACCAACCUUUCAGCACUUAAUUCAUGGUGUACUUACACUCAGCGACUCUUUCUGUUGGUCUACACGAGUACAUUCUGAACUAAAGAUAAAAGGAUGCAGACAUAAAGCAAUUCCAUACUAUUUAAUACUCAUGCUUCAAUGUUUUUAUAUUUUAUCAAACAAACACCUUUAGGCUUUGAGUCCCAGACUGAAUAGAUGACUUGAUACGUAGGAGGAAAAAGUGCCAAAAUGACUAUAAAAGAAACUGUGGAAGUAUUAAAAAAAAAGCAGCUCAGAGCACGGCCAUACUGUAACCACUGAUUUUAACAUUGGCAAUCUUUAAUCUUUAAAAAAAAAAAAAAAAAGCACAAAUAUGAUAAUUUUUUUAUGAUCAAACUCCUCAUUUCUGCCAGAAUUAUUACAAAAUUCUUGUGGAUAAGUUAGUUAAUUAGUAGCACAGGCUCCAGGGCAUUUCAAAGCAUCAUAAAAACAACCACAUGUGGUCAGAGAGGAGGCGGAACCGAGUCCAGCCCUCCUCCCCGCUACCUCCACAGUUUCUUUUCAAAAUUAGCUGUGCAGUAUUUUGUAAAGCAGAAAGUCCUAUUUUCCUGCACAAGGAAAAUGCGAACUUCUGACCAUCAGUUAUGCAACUUGUGUGUUUUGUUGUGUUUUGUUCAGCUGUUGACGUAUGCCUGUAUAACUAGUUACCACCUCUGUAGUGUUUGUUACAAUAUAAUUGAUCUUCUGUUACUUUAAGUGUUAAUUUUCAGCAAGAAGGAGGCAGAGGGAGGCGGUUUGCUAGUUGUUCGGGGUUUUUUUUUGCAUUUUGUUCCAAACCCACAAAAAACACAACAUGCACAACACACAGGACUGAAAAACCCCCUCAUGACGAAGGGUCGACAAACAUGGGUGAAGCAACGAGGGUGAGUUCUGUCACUUACUACAUGAAUUUCAAUGUUACUGUUCCUGUUCAGUUUUCUAUUUUAGCCACCAAAGAUAAAACACAAUAUGAAUAAGUUGUUUAGUUUUAAGCAGUUUCAGUGAUUGAACGUUGUAAAGAUAAAUUAUUAAAGACGUUUGUAUUGUUUUAAUCUGGUUACUGAGCUGAGUAGUGGUAGAUGUGCAUAAAGAAAACCUUAAACAGAAUCUAAGUGUAAGAAGAGACGUUUCUGGAGGUAAAUAGGACUGUCAGCGGUGUGUGUUUCUAAUGUGACUGGAGAAUGUUAUCUACCUCAAGGUGUCACUGAGGCUCAGCUGAAGAAAGAAACUUGUUCAGUCACAUCUGUCUUUCAGAAAAGAUGUCAUGUGGAUUUGUAAAAGGAAAUGAAGCCUCAGCUAUGUGAGAGGACCAGCAGAAUAUCGUGUGUGUGAGUGAGUGUGUGUCCGUGUGUGUGUCUGUGUGUGUGUGUGUCCACCCUGCAUGUCAUCGUGUAAACCGUUAGGAGGUGAGGCUGUGUGUUUCUGCUGUAGUCCGGCUCAGCUGGCAGGCCUCCCAGGCUGGAGUCACUUGUGAGCGCACAUGUAGAGGAAGGUAGCCCUGUAAAUCGUAUUUGUGCCUCUCUGAGUAAUUAUUAAAAGUGCUGAAAUAAA